AUGAGGCUAAAUGACAACCCUGAUGUUCGGUGCCUAGGUCUUACCCUCAAAUUUCCUUCACUUCCUCUCUCUCGUCUCGAAUCUAGGGUUCAGUCUCCGAUCCUCCCCUUGUCGCCAUGGACGCGAUUGAAUCCGUCGUUGAUCCCCUCCGCGAUUUCGCGAAGGACAGCGUUCGCCUCGUCAAGAGAUGCCACAAGCCAGAUCGCAAGGAGUUCACGAAAGUGGCGUUUCGGACCACGAUCGGAUUCGUUAUUAUGGGAUUCGUUGGGUUCUUCGUCAAGCUCAUCUUCAUCCCCAUCAACAACAUCAUCAUCGGAUCUAGUUGAGGCUCUUGGAAGCACUAAUGCGAAUCAUGGGAGCACGUGCAGUGUCCGGGCUUCUUUUGAGAGACAACUGACCAUCAGUGAACUGAAGACUGAGGAACGAAAUCAGAAACUUUCCAGAUAUAGAAAGAAGAAGAGCAAAAGGAAUUUCGGAAGAAAAAUCAAGUAUGCAUGCAGGAAAGCCUUAGCAGACAGUCAGCCGAGGGUCCGAGGGAGGUUUGUGAAAACUGAAGAUUGUGAUUUUUCAAAAGCACUCAAGUAAAGUGAGAUAUGUUGGAACGAUUAAAAAAAAAAGAUUUUAGAGGCUAGUAUUAAUCAGUAGUGCCAAGUUAAGUAAAUCUAAUCGUGGCGUCUAAGUUCCAACAUGAUAUUUGAUACGUUUCAGUUUGUUGACUAAUAUGAUAUUUGAUACGUUUCUUUAUUUUUUGUAGGGGAUAUAAAGACUUAAAUAGGAGAAUGCGGUCAAGAUGGCUUUGAUAUAUGAAUCUUUUGGAACAGACUUGUACUUGUGAAUUGAUCAUAUUUUGAUGGUUGUGAAUUGAUCAUAUUUUGAUGGGUUGAAGUUACCUUGUAACUACUUAUUUUUGAAUGAUGAGCUUAAAAUAUAUGAAUGCUUCAUUAUUUUUCAUUU